UCAAUCAGUCAAUCAAUCAAUCAUUUAAUCAAUCAAUCAGUCAACAAACACUACUAACUCAUCUAGACAUUGUGUAAUUAACAUGUAAGAUGUCCAGACACUUUUUGAAAGAUAAGCAAGAUGGAGAAAUUAAUCCAAACAAACACAGAUUUCAGUGUUUGGACCUCUGAGGAAAAAAACAAAAAACAAAUUGUAAGACUUCAUGUCAGGUUUUGCUUGGUAUUCUGUAGUUCUCUCUCUCACCAACAGAUGUCUCUGUUGAUCGCUGAUAGUGAGACGCAGCACAUGUUAGCUCUCUUUACACAGAUGUUGUCCAUAUGAGACUCUGGUUGGCUCUUCAGCAGUAGGGGGGGCUCGAGCAGCCUGUGCUUACAUCCUGAAACAGGAUUAUAUCCUCUUUACUCUGGCCAUAAUCAUGUAGGCUGCGUUCAGGCGGGAGCCAGCCUCAUCCUCACACUGAUCUCAGACCGUAUGGGGAGCAGGGAUGGCCGGGGGACGCAGAGGACUGGUGGCCCCUCAGAACACUUUUCUGGAAAACAUAGUCCGCCGCUCUAAUGACACCAAUUUUGUUUUGGGGAAUGCCCAGAUACUGGAUUGGCCUAUUGUCUACAGUAAUGAUGGAUUCUGCAAGCUCUCUGGAUACCAUCGUGCUGAAGUCAUGCAGAAGAGCAGCACAUGCAGCUUCAUGUACGGGGAGCUCACUGACAAAGAAACCUGCGAGAAAGUCCGCCAGACCUUUGAGAACUACGAGAUGAACUCCUUUGAAAUACUCAUGUACAAGAAGAACAGGAUGCCAGUGUGGUUCUUCGUCAAAAUUGCUCCCAUCCGAAAUGAACAGGACAACGUUGUCCUUUUCCUCUGUACCUUCAGUGAUAUCACUGCAUUCAAGCAGCCUAUUGAAGAUGACUCGUCUAAAGGCUGGGGUAAGUUUGCUCGUCUGACACGGGCGUUGACGAGCAGCCGUGGAGUUUUACAGCAGCUGGCUCCGACUGUGCACAAAGGCGAGAGCGUCCACAAGCAGUCCCGUCUGGCCGAGGUAUUGCAGCUAGGCUCUGAAAUCCUUCCGCAGUACAAACAAGAGGCUCCAAAAACACCUCCUCACAUCAUCCUGCACUACUGCACCUUCAAAACUACCUGGGACUGGGUGAUUCUCAUCCUCACCUUCUACACGGCCAUUAUGGUCCCCUACAACGUGUCCUUCAAGACCAAGCAAAACAACGUCACCUGGCUGGUGGUAGACAGCAUUGUGGAUGUGAUUUUCCUGGUGGACAUUGUGCUCAACUUCCACACCACUUUUGUUGGACCUGCUGGAGAAGUGAUUUCAGACCCAAAGCUCAUCCGGAUGAACUAUGUGAAGACCUGGUUCGUCAUUGACCUCCUCUCCUGUCUUCCUUACGAUGUCAUUAACGCCUUUGAGAAUGUUGACGAGGGCAUCAGCAGCCUCUUCAGCUCUCUGAAGGUGGUGCGUUUGUUGCGUCUCGGCCGUGCUCUCUGGGUGGUGCGUUGUUGCCGGCCUAAGCUGGAUCAUUACAUUGAAUACGGUGCAGCGGUGCUGGUGUUGCUGGUUUGUGUGUUCGGCCUGGCUGCCCACUGGCUGGCCUGCAUCUGGUACAGCAUUGGAGACUAUGAGGUCAUAGAUGAAGAUAGAAACUUGCUCCGAAGGAACAGCUGGCUGUAUCUUCUGGGAGAAGCCGUCGGCACACCGUAUCACUUCAAUGUAAGCGGCACGGAAAAGUGGGAAGGGGGUCCCAGCAAAGAUUCUGUCUACAUCACAUCAUUGUACUUCACCAUGACCAGCCUGACCAGUAUCGGCUUCGGGAACAUCGCUCCCACCACGGAUGCAGAGAAGAUCUUCGCCGUGGCCAUGAUGAUGAUUGGCUCGCUCCUUUAUGCCACCAUCUUUGGUAACGUGACCACCAUCUUCCAGCAAAUGUACGCUAACACCAACCGCUACCACGAGAUGUUAAACAGCGUGAGAGACUUCCUGAAGCUCUACCAGGUUCCCCAGGGCCUCAGCGAGAGGGUCAUGGACUAUAUCGUCUCUACGUGGUCCAUGUCCAGAGGAAUUGACACAGAUAAGGUGUUGCAAAUUUGCCCCAAAGACAUGCGAGCAGACAUCUGCGUUCAUCUCAACAGGAAAGUGUUCAAAGAGCACCCGGCUUUCCGACUGGCCAGCGACGGGUGUUUGAGAGCGCUUGCCAUGGAGUUUCAGACCAUCCACUGCGCCCCGGGAGACCUCAUCUACCACGCGGGCGAAAGCGUGGACAGCCUCUGCUUCGUGGUGUCAGGGUCUCUGGAGGUCAUCCAGGACGAUGAAGUCGUUGCAAUUUUGGGAAAGGGGGAUGUGUUCGGGGAUGUGUUCUGGAAAGAGGUGAAUUUAGCUCAGGCCUGUGCAAACGUCCGUGCGCUGACCUACUGCGAUCUUCACAUCAUCAAACGGGACGCCUUACAGAAGGUUCUGGAGUUCUACACAGCCUUCGCCGGACACUUCUCAAGAAACCUGGUGCUCACCUACAACCUGAGGAAAAGGAUCGUCUUUCGUAAAAUAAGUGACGUCAAACGGGAGGAAGAGGAGAUGCUGCGACGGAAGAAUGAAGCGCCUCUGAAUCUUCCCCCAGAUCACCCGGUGCGGCGACUCUUCCAGCGGUUCCGUCAGCAGAAAGAGGCCCGUCUGGCGGCGGAGCGAGCGAGUCUAGGAGAACCGGACGUGGAGCGAGGCAGAACGGAGAGCGUGGUACACCAGAGCACUGCAACCACCAGCUUCGUCACAGUCACUGAAAUUCCAGCCACACCCAUCACCUCUGUGUCCUCGUCCUCAUCGUCUAGAACCUCAUGUCAAGCCAAACUCUGCACUCCUGUGGCUCCUAAUGGAACCUGUACAGGAAACAAGUCGGCAGAACCUCCCCAAAACAAAGGCUGGGGUCGGUUUAAAGAUGCCACAGCCAAGUCUGAUCUCUCCUGGUGUUCUGUGUCCAAAGCUGAGUCCAUGGAGAUGCUUCCAGACAGGACUAAGUGGGACUCGUGGGACAGUGGCAUCACCAAGAGUGAUGGGAGCACUCGAACCCCUCAGGAUCGGAGCCCCUUGCAGGCCGAGAGCAAGCGAGCCUUUUGCCCCAUUCCAGAGCAGAGUCUCCAGGCCUGCUUUACGGAACUGAAGCAGGAGCUGCGAGGAGACAUCUACUCCCUCAGCAGCAGAAUGAGCGCACUUGAAGGCCAGCUCGCUGAGAUGCUCCAGCUUCUCAAAGACAGAAAGACCUCAGGAUCUUCAAACCUGUUUGACAUGUCAAGACCAGAUUCUCCAGAUUCAGAAAAAGAUGACAACAUUUUCUCUUAAUUGGGUUUCAUAUCUGAUGCAGUGGGCUGAAGGCAGCAUGGUUCGGUCCUGUUGAGGCGCUCAUACACUCCUAAAAAUAAUGUUUUUUUUUUUUACUGGGAUCAGUGGUACCAUGAAAAACCUUCAAAGGAAUAGUUCACCCAAAAAUGAAAACUUAAUCUCAGGCCAUCCAAGAUGUAGAUGAGUUUGUUUCUUCACUGGAAAAGAUUCAGAGAAGUUUUGCAUUACAUUACUUGCUCACUGCAAUGCUGAAUUUCUCCAAAUCUUCUCCAAAUCUUUUUAACAUCCAUGGAAGCUUUCCAUUGCACACAAGGUUCUAUAAAGUGGAAAAAACACUCUUUAGAUGAUUAAAAUUUUCUUCACACCAAGAAAAAAUAGUUCUUUUAAGAACUGUUCACUUGGGGAACCAAAAAUCCAUUUUGGAACCAUCAUUUUUAGAGUGAUAUGGUGCAACGGCGCUUAUUUUUUCAAAUUCUGUUGCCUUCAGUGGAAUGAGAAUUACACACUUUAAUAAUCAACAAAUAAAUAUAUGGAUAUAUGGAACUGACAUAUUAUGGAAUAUGUCACUAUAAUGAAUAUCAAUUGUCAAUUUUUUUAUUGUACAAUGGUUGACAUUUUUUGUAUGGUCAUUUAAGUCAACUGUUUUUACUGUUAAAUCAUAUGUCUGAUAAAUUGUAAGUCAGUCAAGCAAAAUGUGACAAUUUAUGUAUAAUUUCCUCUGCUCUUGUUUUAUAGAUAGGCCAGUUUUGCUUGCACAUGCACAUACUGUUCAAGCCACAUUUCAAAAGUCUUCAACCUGAAAAAUCAUCAGCCUGGUUAUUUUUUGUUUGGGACUGACAAAAUGUACUAUAUGAUGAAUAUAAGGUUUUUUUUCACAUAGCAUUAUACUAUAAAAUACUGUAGCCUGUUUAUGUGACUAAAUGCUGUGCUCUUAAUAAUGUGACAAUAUGCAAUAUAGCAAUAGUGGCAAAUGCAAAAUAACCUAAAUUCCCCUGUACGUGAAUCAUUGGUGGAUGUUAAAUACAUUGCGCUUUUUUAAAUUUUUAUUUUAUUUUAUUUAUUUUUUUUUCUUUUACAGCUUCAUAACUCUGUCUCUUUUAUUUUAGAUCGACUUUAAAAAACACUUAGAGGACAUAGUUAAGGGAAAGUGUUAUGCUAAAUUUGGAAAUAUCAAAAAGUGUAUUAUGUAAUGUAUGUACCAUUUUUAUCAGAUGUAUAAAGUUAACAAGUGAGGUGGUUGAUAAGCAAUAAUAAUAAGUGUUUAAGUGUAUAAAUGAGGCAUAUGCCAUUGUCUGGAGUAAUAUGAGAACAAAUGAAGCAUGAAAUAAGGAGCAGCAGUGUUAUUUAGCAUGUGAUUUUUAGCAUUCUUGCCAAAAAUGUAAACUUUUAUAGUGUUAAGUCUAUUUUGUUUUGUAAAUGUCAUUUCCAAGAAACUGUAGGAGAAAGGUAUAUCAUGGUGUCCAACCUGAAGUGUUAAAUGCUUGUUUUAAAAAAUCUGCACUGCACAACUUUAAUGUUUGAUUCAAUGUAUAUCCUGUAUGCAGAAUGAAUCAGUGUGUACACUGUGAAACUGACUUGAUGGGACUUACUGAUUGUACUUUUAUUUUUACUCUGAUUUUAGUCUGAAGAUAAUCAGAAAAAUGGAACUGCAAAAUAUUUUAAAGCUGAUAGCAGUUGUCUUAGCUUCGCAUUAGCUAUUAACAAUUACUGUACUUUUUUUUCAAGAUCCAAGUGUAGCUAAAUUAGUGGACAUACUUGAUUAUUAAAGUAUGAUGGUUCUAAAUGGAAAAUCUACGGCCACUUUGGGAAUGAAAAUACACACACACACACACACACAGUUCAUCAUAUAAAAUCACUCAUGUCAGGUCACGAGCCUUAACACAAAGGUUAGGUCUCAUUUUUCUUAUUUUAAAAGGAAUAUAAAUUAUAGUAUUUGUACUUAUUUUUUUUUUUUUUAUUGUGUCCUGUUGAUCUUUAUAAAUGAAUAGCAUCAAAGCACAAGAAAUUCAACUGUCGAUUCAAAUGUGUCAAAUGUUUAUAUAAAAUCAUUUAUACUUUGCAUUAAAUAUUAUUCAUAUUUAUAUCUUUAAAUUCUCAACGUGCUAAAAUCAAUUUUAGUGAAGUAUUUUUGUGAUACACAGUGUUGUUGAAACAAUGUUUUUGAAAUAAGUAUCUUCUGCACACCAAUUGCUGCAUUUAUGUGAUUAAAAAUACAGUCAAAAACAGUAAUCAUAAUUUAAAAUAACUGUUUUCUGUUUGAAUGUCUGUUAAAAUGUAAUUUAUUUCUGUAAUGCGCAGAUGAAUUUUCAGGAUAAUCACUUCAGUCACAUGAUCUUCAGAAAUCAUUAUAAUAUGCCGAUUUGCUGCUCAAGA